AUGGCUCGUGCGACCGUCGUCGCCUUGCUCGCCGUUGCUGUGCUCUUGGCCUGCUUGCCGCCCGCCGCCGCCUCGUCGUACCGGGGAGCAGCUGCAUUGCGACGGCUCGAGACAACGGCGCCCAUGGACACCGCGCAGGGCUUGCGGGAGAAGGCGGACGUGGCCAAGGGCGCGGAGGAGGACCUGAGCACGACGGGUUUCAGCGCGGAGUCCGAGAGGGAGGUGCCAACGGGACCGGACCCCAUCCACCACCACGCCCGGGGGCCAAGGCGGCAGUCGCCUUGA